CGUCAUGCGGCUUGACCAAUCACAAGCUGGACAUUGACAGUUGACACUUGUGGUUUGACGUCUGGCGAAAAACUGUAGCGACUUUAAUCUAAACAGAGGAGCGUUUGAUUAGCUGUCAUUCGUUUAAGGGGAAGGAAAUGAAUAAAUAAUCAGAGUAACAUGGUUUAAAAAGCAGGUGAACGAAGUGUUGUUGUUACUUUUUUCAUUUUUCCUGCGGACUUCUCACUUUCAAGCAUGGAUGCGGAGGGCCCCCCGACGCUUUGUGACCUCUGCUUGGCUCAGGUGUGCCAGAGCUUGAGCUCUCUGUGCAGCAUGCGAGCAGACGGCUCCAUGAGCCUCAUCUGGGCCCCGGUCUUCCCGCAGGAGACUGCUGACCAGCUUCUGAAUCACAUGGCAGCUAAAGAGAUACUGAAUGACACAACUGUUGGGAUUUUCCGAAGCUGCAAAGAACUCCGUCUGCGCCGAGCCUCCAUUCAGAGCUGCCCACUGUCUGCAGAAGCUUUCCGCCUGGCUCUUUGCCCUCACCGGCUCCUGGAACUAGAUGCCUCCUGGGUCUCUGGUGGUCUUACUGGGGCUGACAUUGUCUCAGGCUUGGCCUCCAACCCAGAAUGCAGAUCCAGCCUGCAGAGGUUGUCCCUCAACGGUUUACGUCUGGACUGGGAGUCUUUAGAGGCAAAUGGUGGGAUCCAUGUUGGCUUCAGCUCCUUGCGGGGCCUUAGAAUGUUAAACCUUGCCAACACAGACCUAAAUGAUGCUGCCCUUGAGGAUAUCUGCAAUCUCCCUCACCUGGAGACGCUGGAUAUUUCUUGCAGUGCUAUCUCUAAGCUCACUGCACUUCUUGAGUGCAAAAACACCCUGAGAUCCCUUAUUGCCCACAGGCAGCGGCACCUGGAUAUGUCCCCUGCCCAGCUGCUCUUUCUCUUUAGCCAGCUUCAUGCUCUCAAGCAUCUGGACUUUUCAGAGGACCACUUCUCUGUAGAUGACAGCGAUGGAAGAGAUGGAGAUGAGACAGUGCGGCAGCUUCUGGAGGGGAGUCCCCAGGUCCUCCCAUCACUAGUUUCUUUAGAUAUCUCUGGUCGGAAGAGAAUCAGUGAAGCUGCAAUCAGAAGCUUUGUGGAAUCCAGAAGUGGACUGGUCUUUUUGGGCCUGCUAGCCACUGGGGUUAGCUCCUGUGACUUCUUUUCUACACAGAAAAGCCUAAAAGUAACAGGAGAGGCUGAUGAGAACCAGGUGUGUGAGGCACUCAGAAGGUACAGAGACCGCGAGUGUUUCAUACGAGAGGCCCUUGUCCAUCUCUACAGUCUAACCACUGACACUGACAAACCACAGCCAGACGUGCUGAAGCUGGUGGUGAGUGGUAUGCAGAGGCACCCCACCUCCUUGCACAUCCACCUGGUCGCCACAGCGUGUGUGUUCAACCUGACCACUCAGGACUUGGCACAGGCCAUGCCCAUCAGCUUGCUCAGCUCUACUGUCACCCAACUGUUAAACACCAUGAAGAAUUUCCCCAACCACCAGCAGGUGCAAAAGAACUGUCUGCUGGCCCUCUGCAGUGACUACAUCCUCCAGGAGGUUCCUUUUGACAAGUAUUUAGCGGCAAUGCUGGUGAUUAACUGGCUGAGCAGCCACGAGGAUCCGACCCUGCAGAGGAUGGCUGUGGCUGUCAUCUCCAUUCUGGUGGCCAAGUUGUCCACAGAGGAGAUGGCACAAUUCAGCAAGGAUAUCUUUAUAAUGAAGCUGCUGGCUAUUGUGCAGCAGAAAGCCAUGGUUGGAGUUGUCGACUCCACUCUGAAGUUUGCCCUGAGUGCUCUGUGGAACCUGACGGAUGAAAUGCCAGUAGCAGCGCGCAAUUUCAUUGAGUGCCGGGGCUUGGAGCUGUACGAGGAGGUUCUGGAGUCCUACUACACUGAACCUUCUAUUCAGCAGAAAGUUCUUGGCCUUCUGAACAACAUUGCUGAGGUGGAGGAGUUGCAGGCUGAUCUGAUGGAGGAGGACAUUUUGGAGCACAUUCUCAGCCUCUUGCAGGACUCUCAGGUGGAUGUGGGGGUUCGCUACUUUGCAGGGGGGAUACUGGCGCACCUUGCUUCCAGACCAGAUGCCUGGACCCUGGAAAAUGAGUUGCGCAGCACCGUACUGAAGCAGCUGCACGAUUCCAUCAUGACGUGGACCCAUCUUGAGAGGGAGAUGGUGUCUUACAGGUCGUUCCAUCCUUUUUGCCCUCUGCUUCAAACUUGUCAGCCCGCAGGCGUGCAGCUGUGGGCAGUCUGGGCCAUACAUCUGGUCUGCACUCAAAACACUUCACACUACAGCAGCAUGCUGGAGAAGGAAGGCCUGACUGAACUUCUGAAAGCUUUGGCUGCACAUCCCAGCACACACAGUGACAUUAAAGGACUAUCAGACAGCGUCUUGAGCAUGGUUGAGCAACAUCAGAUUCAUGCGGGAGCGUUCAACAAUCAGACGGCACCUCAACGCUCUUGACAGAAGUGUUAAAAAAAGAAUUUUACUUGAUUUGCUAUCUUUGACCUAUAUCUGAAAUACGCUAGAUAUAUAGUUGCAGAGAAAGCAGAGGCAGUAUCAAGGUGCAGACACUUGAUGCUAAUUAUCUGGAAACAUAUUUAAUAGAAUAAACCACGUAAUGCAUAAUAUUUAUUUCAUAUGGACAGUGUAUUUGCUUGAUGUAAAAAGUUAUUUGUGUUACCUAUUUUUUAAACUGUUUACUUACUUUGAAACCAGAGUUGUUGUUUACAGAGCGAAUGUUCUACUUUGAAAUGUGCACUGUUUUUAGUCUACAUUGAUAAUGGGCUGAACAGCAUAGAAGCUUAAUAAAAUGAACUGCAGCUAAAAAUGGAUUGACUUAAGGUUUUAAUUUCAAAACCUGUCACUAGGGGGUGCUUUAGUACUGUAUUUUUUGGACUGUUUUGCCCUUAAUGUGUAUUUGUGUAAAUUAUUUAGGCACUAAAUGUACAGAUUCCAGGUCAUCGUGUGAUAAGUGGCUAGGUACCAGCAGGCUUAACCUGCUGUUUAUCUGUUUUUCUCUCCUCUUCUUAUUUUUCUGUUCUCUCGCACACUGUCGCUCUCUGGCUCUCUGAAUUCAUU